AUCCGAGAACGAGGAUGGCCUAGGGCGUCCACCAUCAACCUGGGAGGUGGACUCAAUAUUCGGCUGUCAGGAUUAUCAGGGAAAAACGAGGAGCGCCCUGCAACCCCAGAGAAACUCGUGGGUGCAAUCCUUCCCCUCCUCCCUGAGGGCUCUACGCUCUUGCUGGAGCCUGGCAGAUCUCUUGUGGCAACAGCUGGUGUAUUAAUGACAGAAGUGUUAGGGAUGAAGGUUAAUGGAGAGCGCAGGUUCCUCAUGGUGGACGCUGCUAUGACUGAAGUCAUUCGUCCUGCCCUGUAUGGAGCCCAUCAUCCCGUGACUCACGUGACUAUCCCAUCUAGUCAGGAGAGGGCUGUGAUGGAUGUCGUUGGGCCAGUGUGCGAGAGCGGAGACUUCCUCGCCCACCGUUGCAUGCUUAGCCCAAGCCCUUCCUCCGGUGACGCUCUCGUGGUUUGGGCAACAGGGGCGUACUGUUCCUCCAUGGCUUCCAAUUAUAACUUGCGCCCGCGCGCCAUCGAGGUCCUCGUAAAGGCGCCCGACCUCUACACUGUCGUUAGGAGGCCAGAAAAUUUCGGAGAUCUCAUUUCGUGUUACAUGUAGAUGGCGAUGCUUGAUAUGAAUGGUAGACGCCAUUACAGCAGAACGAGGCAAGGCUAUUACUUAAUAGCCAAUAUAGAAACAGGCAUAUUAACUGUUAGGCCGCUUUGUGUCAUGUAUAUAUAAACAUAUAUGUAUAUAUAAACAUAUAUGUAUAUAUAUGUAUAUAUAUGCAUAUGUAUAUAUAUAUAUA